AUGGAAGGUCAUUGUUAUGACCGGUUUGGAAAUGGAGAGAGGGACAACUACCAGAUUGAUUAUCGAAGGAUUGUCGGGGACAUGGAACCAGCACGGCCACGCAACUCAAACAGAGAUGGGGACCAACCUCCCCCCUUUGGGGCAUUUGCCCACCCAGCGCCACAUGGACAUGGGCAUGAGACCGCGGCCCAGCGAUACAGCGCUACACGGAUCCAGGCUGGAUAUGAACCAGAAAGCAUGGCAGACUACUUGAUCAGCGGCGGCACCGGUUAUGUUCCUGAAGAUGGAUUAACAGCACAACAGCUCUUUUCUAUCGGUGAUGGACUUACAUACAAUGACUUUUUGAUCCUCCCUGGUUUCAUAGAUUUUACCUCAGAUGAGGUGGAUCUUACCUCUGCACUGACGAGGAAGAUAACCCUGAAGACUCCUCUCAUUUCAUCUCCCAUGGAUACAGUCACCGAGUCCUCGAUGGCCAUCGCCAUGGCACUGAUGGGUGGGAUUGGCAUAAUUCAUCAUAACUGUACUGCUGAGUUUCAGGCCAAUGAGGUUCGCAAAGUUAAGAAAUUUGAACAGGGCUUUAUCACCGAUCCGGUCGUAAUGAGCCCCCGACACACGGUGGGGGAUGUGUUCGAGGCCAAGAUACGUCACGGUUUCUCUGGGAUCCCUGUCACAGAAACCGGCAAGAUGGGCAGCAAGCUGGUUGGCAUCGUCACCUCCAGAGAUAUAGACUUUCUGUCUGAGAAGGACCAUGACAAACCCCUGGAAGAGGCAAUGACAAAAAGAGAAGAUUUAGUCGUUGCACCAGCUGGAGUCACACUAAAUGAAGCUAAUGAUAUUCUCCAACGAAGCAAAAAAGGUAAACUCCCAAUUGUGAAUGACAGUGAUGAGCUGGUUGCCAUCAUUGCCAGGACUGAUUUGAAGAAGAACAGAGAUUUUCCACUGGCUUCCAAGGACUCCCGCAAACAGCUUCUGUGUGGAGCGGCCAUCGGUACCAUGGAGGAUGAUAAAUACCGACUGGACCUUCUGAUGCAGGCUGGGGUGGAUGUGGUUGUCCUGGACUCUUCCCAAGGAAACUCUGUGUAUCAAAUCAACAUGAUAAACUACAUCAAACAGAAAUAUCCUGAGCUGCAGGUGGUUGGAGGAAAUGUGGUGACAGCUGCUCAGGCUAAAAACCUCAUAGACGCGGGUGUGGAUGCUCUGAGGGUGGGCAUGGGUUGUGGCUCUAUCUGCAUCACCCAGGAAGUGAUGGCAUGUGGACGACCCCAAGGAACGUCCGUGUACAAGGUGGCAGAGUACGCCCGUCGUUUUGGAGUCCCAGUAAUCGCUGACGGUGGAAUUCAGACUGUGGGACAUGUGGUGAAGGCGCUGGCCCUGGGAGCAUCUACAGUGAUGAUGGGCUCUUUGCUCGCUGCAACCACUGAAGCUCCAGGAGAAUAUUUCUUCUCUGAUGGUGUUCGUCUGAAGAAGUACAGAGGGAUGGGCUCCCUGGAUGCCAUGGAGAAAGAUAACAGUCAGAAACGCUACUUCAGUGAGGGAGAUAAGGUGAAGGUGGCUCAAGGUGUCUCAGGCUCAGUACAAGAUAAAGGCUCCAUCCAUAAAUUUGCUCCUUACCUAAUUGCUGGGAUCCAACAUGGCUGCCAGGACAUAGGAGCCAAGAGUUUGUCCAUUUUACGGUCAAUGAUGUACUCUGGAGAGCUGAAGUUUGAGAGGAGAACCAUGUCUGCUCAGAUGGAGGGAGGAGUUCACGGCCUUCACUCUUAUGAGAAGCGGCUUUACUGA